AUGGCAACUCGUCAAGCUCAAAAAAGACUAACCAAAGAAUAUAAACUAAUCGUUGAUGACCCUCCUCCAUAUAUCAUUGCUCACCCAAAUGAAAGAAACAUCUUGGAGUGGCACUACUUAAUAACUGGUCCUCCAAAUACUCCCUACGAGGGUGGUCAGUACCAUGGCACUCUUAAUUUCCAUUACGAUUAUCCCUUUAAACCCUUAUCUAUUAGAAUGAUUACCCCCAAUGGUAGGUUUAAAACUAAUACAAGGCUAUGUUUAUCAAUGUCUGAUUUCCAUCCUGAUACUUGGAAUCCUGCUUGGAGUGUUCAAACUAUUCUAAAUGGGCUAUUGAGCUUUAUGACUGGUGAUGAAUCAACAGUUGGUUCAAUCCAAACAACUGACGAAAUUAAAAGAGAAUUUGCCAAAAAUUCAAAAAAGUGGAAUAUAACCAAAAAUUCUAAAUUUCUAGCUGAGUUUCCAGAAUUAGAAUCACAAAACAAAAUUGACAUUCAA